CGCAGUACCCAAGCCCUAUAAGAACGAGGCGAGAGCCCCCGCCGCCAAUCUUCCACACGCUUCCGCCGCCGCCGCUGCCGACGACGACGCUAACCGACCGAGCGCGAGCACCGCCGCCGCCGCCGCCGCCAUGGUGAACGUUCCGAAGACCAAGAAAACCUACUGCAAAAACAAGGAGUGCAAGAAGCACACCCUUCACAAGGUCACUCAAUACAAGAAGGGUAAGGACAGCCUGUCUGCCCAGGGAAAGCGUCGUUAUGACAGGAAGCAGUCGGGAUAUGGUGGUCAGACCAAGCCCGUUUUCCACAAGAAGGCAAAAACCACCAAGAAGAUUGUGCUGAAGCUGCAGUGCCAGAGCUGCAAGCACUACUCCCAGCGCGCCAUCAAGAGGUGCAAGCAUUUUGAGAUCGGUGGAGACAAGAAGGGCAAGGGAACAUCCCUCUUCUAGAUUGCUUUCACCUAUCUGUAGUCAUUGUGUUCAAGAACUAUUACUACUUGUCGUAAUGUUUUGAUGUUAUGAGUUGAAUCAAUCAUGUAUCCAAACCCCUUUAUCUGGCAUUUGAGCAACGAUCGACUUGGCAGAAUGAUCUUUUGUAGCUUGAAUCCUCUUUUAAUCUCAGGCAUUGCCGUAACGUGGA